AUGCCUGAUCCACAACUACUCUCAGCUAUAGGUUUCGGGGUCAAUAUCGAAAAUAACCCCGAACUAUUGACCCCGACUUCAACCACGAUAGCAGCACCAAUCCGCAAACGCCGCAACGGCCUCACGCCCGCCUGCGAACCCUGCCGCAAGGCCAAGGUGCGAUGUGAUACUGACGCCCCCGGGUCGUUGUGUGGGAGAUGCAGGAAAAGGAAGACGCCGGAGAAGUGUAUUUUUCUAGGUGCGCCAAUGCCCAGGCGGUUUCACGAAUUCUCCAAUGAUGCAGCUGGUUCCUUGUCGACACCAAAGUCACCCACCCGAACGGCGCAGGGGCCGACGGGACAGGCUUCAUCAAGCUCUGUUAUCAGUCCGGGUUCUGGGGCCAGCCCUGGGCUGAGCAGGAAGGUAGCCGGCCCGUCGGGGUUCCUCGGGUCAACGAGUUUUUCCGCUACGAUUCAUGACCAUGAAGCUGAUACUUCCGACAAUGAAUUCGAGGAGAUGGAUGCUGUUCCUAAUAUAGAUCUAGUCCAGAUUGCGAUGGGACUCAAUGUUCUAAAGGUUUUGCCCGGACAUGAGGACUGCCAGAGCUUAGUCAAACGCUACCUUGAUGGUCCAGGCGAAGUUGGCUUUCUGAAGGCAAGUAUACAGAAGGUUCUUGACUCACUAUUUGCUACCUCUCCGUAUCGCGAGUACCUGAAAGAACCGAGAGAGGAUCAUUAUUUGGAGAAUUUGUCUGAAGAUAUAUGCAGGCGCAGUGUCGAUGGGCUGGUCCUGCCUGAUGAUGCAGUGGGCUGGAUGGCAGCUUUCUCUGGACGGAACACCAGAUGGGAAUCCAUGGGCAUCCUCCACACUGCCGUUGCCCAUGGUGUCUUAGCAGUGCCCGACAGGGAAUAUUGGUUUCUUAGACUUUCGAAGGUUUAUCCGGAGAAGAAAAGGGCUGUUUUGGCCAUCAAGGAAGCGAUCGAAGGGUGCCUGGAGCUUUGCAAGCAUUCUCUCAAUACUUUGGUGUGCAAUUUAUUGUAUAAGAACUUCUUACUAGAGACAGUGCUGCAUGGAAACUCGAGUUUAUCAGUCUGGAGAUUGCAUCACGAUCUCAUUGCUGUCGCAUCUGCCAUCGGUUUGCAUUGCUACAACCCCAAUAAUCCGCGACGGGAACCAGGUGCACUUACUGAGUACUGGCACUUGAUUAGUCCCAAAGAUCCUCGCGUCCCCGAAGUUACUCUCCGGACCGAAAUGAGAAAGCGGCUGAGUGCGAGCUGUUUCUGGAGCGAUAAGGAGCUUGCGAUGUUCACGGGUAGACCGCCAGCCUGGAGUCAUCGAUAUCAUUCUUGCCCUUUGCCGCUUGAUCUAAGCGAUGAGGUGUUGACGGAAGGGGGCGAGAGACUGAGAUGUGAAAUCAGGGAGCUUGAUGAGAAUGGAUGGAAUAGGAAGUGGGAUGUGCACGACGCUACGAUCUGUCGCACUAUGGUCCUCACGGCAAUUAUUAUUGAUGAGAUCAUGGAAGUGUUCAUUGGAAAUGCCAACCAGUGGUCGGUGGAACGUGUCAGCGAGGAUGUGAAGAUGUGGAAACUGAUGUUUAUGCGACUCGACUACCUUCGAAUGAACUUUCUUCUCGAGAGACUCUCUGCUGAGAGAGGUGGAGAAGGCAGGCAAAAGCUGGUUGAUGUUGCUCGAGAGAUCUUGGACAUGAUUAUGUGCUACGGCAUGCCAUCCACUGGGAUCCUCUGCACGGAACUUCUCAAACAAACGAAGCAGCCAAACGACGUGGACGUCCGGAUGCCAGUCUCGGAAGUGGUGCAGAACUUGAGCCUCGUGAUUGGAUUUCUGGACUGGACACGACCCAUAGCUGGCAACUGCAAGCUCUGCCGUCGGAUGUCCCAAGUCAUCAAGCGAGUCCUCGACCAAGUCUUCACUCCGGGUGAGAAGGGGAGCACACUAGACAGCAAGGUUCCUCUGACUCAAGACACGUUGACAGAUUUUCUUUCAUUCAAUGGCUGGACGAUUUUGAAUGAUUGA